AUCGUCGCUCCUGCAGGAAGCUGUGAGGACAGACGGGGCCAUAGGGGGGAGGCGUGGCGGACAAUGGGAGCAUAUUUGUGCAGAAACACCACGUAGGCUUGUGUUUACUGUCAUGCAGGGAAGAAGGAAGACGUGGUACUGGGUAGCGAGGAGUUAAAACCAGAAGGGCUGCUUUCCCUGUCGCAGUAGGUGUGUAUAACCGGCCAGUGGACGGAAUACUAAACCGGAGGGAAUCAAGAGGACCAACAUUCAAGCUGUUUGGCAAAGCUGCAGCUCAGACCAGCACCGACCGACCGGACGAGCCGUUCAUCCAAACGCACCGCAGCAACAGAACCAGCAGCAGCAGCAGCAAGGCAUCAUCUGUGUGUGCUCCAUACAUGCACACACACACACACACACACACACACCUUCCCCCCAUUAACAGACACAUAUACAUUCCGCUAAGAAUAGAUUUGGAGGAUGAACGGCGCGGAGAUUACGCAAGACGUGCCCGAGCCGCAGGGGGGCGCGGGGAGGACGCUCCGGUUUCAGCGGCCGCACGCAUCGGUGCCACAGUUCACCAACUCCCCAACUAUGAUAGUGAUGGUGGGACUCCCAGCAAGAGGAAAAACCUACAUCUCUAAGAAGCUCACCAGAUACUUGAACUGGAUCGGCGUUACAACAAAAGUGUUUAACGUUGGGCAGUACAGGAGAAACGCCACUCAAUCCUACAACAGCUUUGAGUUCUUCAGACCCGACAACACAGAGGCCAUGAAGAUUCGCAAGGCGUGUGCGUUGGCUGCUCUGAAAGAUGUGUGUGACUACUUCACCAUAGGCCUGGGUCAGGUUGUGGUUUUUGAUGCCACAAACACCACCCCAGAUCGCAGAGAGCUCCUUCUCAGCUUUGCCAAAGAAAAUGGUUACAAGGUUUUCUUUGUGGAGUCGAUAUGUGACGACCCUGAAAUCAUUGAAGAGAACAUUAAACAAGUGAAGUUGAGCAGUCCUGACUAUGUGGGCUGUGACAAAGACGAAGCUGUGGCCGACUUUCUGAAGAGGAUUGAAUGUUACAAACUGACCUAUGUCCCUCUGGAUGACAUCAAGGACAGGAACUUAUCUUAUAUCAAGAUCUUCAAUGUGGGCAGUAGGUACCUAGUGAACAGAGUGCAGGACCACAUCCAGAGCAGAAUAGUCUACUACCUCAUGAACAUCCAUGUCACGCCGAGAUCCAUCUACCUGAGCCGCCACGGAGAGAGUGAACUCAACCUCGUGGGUCGGAUCGGAGGAGAUUCUGGACUCUCACAACGCGGGGCAAACUUUGCCAAUGCUCUUGGUACGUACAUGCGUGGUCAGUGUAUCCGAGACUUAAAGGUGUGGACCAGCCACAUGAAGAGGACCAUCCAGACCGCAGAGGCUCUGGGGGUCCAGUAUGAACAGUGGAAGGCCCUUAAUGAAAUAGAUGCUGGAGUAUGUGAGGAGAUGACCUAUGAAGAGAUCCAGGAGAAUUACCCAGAAGAAUUUGCACUGAGGGACCAAGACAAGUAUCGCUACCGUUACCCAAAAGGAGAGUCGUAUGAAGACCUCGUCCAGCGUCUGGAGCCAGUCAUCAUGGAGCUGGAAAGGCAGGAGAACGUCUUAGUCAUCUGUCACCAGGCUGUUAUGAGAUGUCUGCUCGCUUACUUCUUAGACAAGAGUGCAGAUGAGCUGCCGUACCUGAAGUGUCCUCUCCACACCGUUCUAAAGCUCACACCAGUCGCCUACGGGUGUAAAGUAGAGUCUGUCUUCCUCAACGUUGAAGCUGUCAACACACACAGGGACAAACCAGUGAACGUGGAUGUUGACAGAGACACGGCAGACGCCUUGGAGACUGUGCCCGAUCACAUUUAGAGGAGUUUCAUUUCAAUCUGCCCUGAUGUAAAGUGGCCUUUUCUCCAUUGAAAUAAUCAUACUGAUCAUUUUUAUUGUGGUCACUUUUAGGAAAUAGGAAACUUUGUGAUGGAGGAACUUGAGACAUGGCAGCCUAUUUCCAUUGUAAAUGCACUUUAUAAUGCGGGGCUCAGGCCAAACGUCUGUGAUAUGAAGUUUCCUUUACUGUGAAAAAUGAACUACUGAUGAAUAAGUGACCAGUAUCACUGUUCAGAUACUCUUUAGUGUAGUCCCUCGUCUUCCCGUCAUUUCAUUCGUCUAAUCACUGUCUGUGUUCAUUCUUUUUGUCACCGUUACCUUUAAUUAGGACUAAGUGAUACAAAUUUUUUUUUGUGCUGUGGAUAAUUUACAAGUAAUUUCCUUGUAUCGUAUAUGUGUAAUGCCAACAACAAAACACCACUCGCACGAAAGUAGAUGUGCAUUAGUUGUUAGAAAAUUAUUUAAAUAAAAAAAAAAAAAAGCACCACUUGUAGGUAGAAAUAGGAGGAACAUUCACGAUUAAUACAGCUUUGGAAAUAAUUAUUAGACCACAUAAGUUCAUCCUCAAGUAGUUUAAUACAACAGACAUGAUAAAAUGUGAAAAUUGCAAAUAUAUUUUAUAAAUUAUGUAUAAAAUCCUCAAAUAUUGAAAUUUUUAAAGUGUGAAUUUUACACUGGAUGACUCACCUUCAUAAUGUGGAUCAGCCACAGAUAUAAAGUUAAGACAGUCCAAAGUCAUUUAGAAAUCAAACAAAAGGAAACAAUUGCAUGAUGAGAAGAUGAAUGUUUUAGUUUUUUAUGAAGAGGACAAUUUGAGUUGCUGCAUUACAACACCCUGAAGAAAAUUUGGCCCGAUUCCACCAAGAUCCAG